AUGUUGCAGAAAUUCACUUUGUUUUGCAGAGAGGGCAUGUUAAAAAAGUUUGUGCCGUCAUUUCGGAUUGUCCGCCAAUCCUUCAGACUGUUGUCAAGUGAAAGUGAUGGGGACGAUAAAAAGCGACCACCAGGCAGCGCUAAAGAUGUGCUAGGUGACGAUCUGCUUGAUGCUGUCAAUGCCGUGGUUGAGGACCUUCAUGAAAGUGAUCCCACCACGAAAAAAGCAACUAAAAACACGUUGAUCUCGAAAUUGAUGUCUCAUGAGAAGGCGACGUUUGAUGAGGCAACAGGAGCACAAAUGCAGGAAAUGCUCGAUGACAAAGUUAUUCAGGGUUUGCUCAGUUCCGUGGCUGCUGAUGCAAAACCGCCCAGUACAGUACCAAAUAACCUCUCACAUUUUAAGGUUGCCGAAGAAUCCGAGAAACAGCAAAAAGUUAAAAGGGCGGAAGAGGAACAACGAUUUUACGAUUACGCUUACCAAAUGGCUGAGUUAAACGACAUUCUUGGCGAUGGAAGUAAAGCUCGUAAAACAAUCAAGCCUGAUCCAGCGGUGCCGUCAUUGCUGAAAGGAUCAAAACGGGCUUGGAAUAUGGAAGAACUUAGAGGGAUAAUCAUGAAUCAAUCGCUCGGACCAGAGAAUUCGUUCGAAGAGCAAAUAGAAUGGACAGAACAAGGGAAACAGUGGCCAUAUCCGAUUGAUAAUGAAUACAUGUUGGGGCACGAAGCUGAGGUUCCAUUCUAUGAGCACGUUUUCUUGGAGAGGCACCUCGCUGGCCUCGGGCUUCCAAAAGAUGGUCCUAUAGCGCACUUCAUGGAGUUGGUUUGCGUUGGUUUGUCGAAGAAUCCAUACAUGACGAUUGAGAAGAAAAUGGACCAUUUGAAGUGGUUUGCAAACUUCUUCAAUGAAGAGAAGCAAAAACUGAUCAAGAAAUUGCAUGAGGAAGAGCAGCUAGCUGCGCAGCAAUCCUAG